GCCUGUAGGUACCUGAGCUAACAUCGAAGGUGCCUAAAGAUGCUGAGCUGCAUUUGGUUCCUCAGUGUAUUAACCGUGGCCGGGAUCUUACAGACGGAGAGCCGCAAAACUGCCAAAGACAUUUGCAAGAUCCGCUGCCUGUGUGAAGAGAAGGAAAACGUACUGAACAUUAACUGUGAAAACAAAGGAUUUACAACUGUCAGCUUGCUCCAACCCCCUCAGUAUCGCAUCUAUCAGUUGUUUCUCAAUGGAAACCUUUUGACCAGACUGUAUCCUAACGAAUUUGUCAAUUACUCUAAUGCAGUGACUCUUCAUCUAGGUAACAAUGGGUUGCAGGAGAUCCGACCUGGGGCAUUUAGUGGUCUGAAGACUCUCAAGAGACUGCACCUCAAUAACAACAAAUUGGAGGUAUUGAGAGAGGACACUUUUCUAGGCCUAGAGAGCCUGGAGUACCUCCAAGCUGACUACAAUUACAUCAGCACCAUUGAGGCAGGGGCAUUCAGCAAACUGAAUAAGCUCAAAGUACUCAUCUUGAAUGACAACCUUUUGCUGUCUCUGCCUAGUAAUGUGUUUCGGUUUGUCCUGCUAACUCACUUAGACCUGAGGGGAAACAGGUUGAAGGUAAUGCCUUUUGCUGGUGUCCUUGAACAUAUUGGAGGAAUCAUGGAAAUUCAGCUGGAAGAAAAUCCAUGGAAUUGCACCUGUGACCUACUUCCUCUCAAGGCAUGGCUGGACACCAUUAGUGUUUUUGUGGGGGAGAUUGUCUGUGAAACUCCUUUCAGGUUACAUGGGAAAGAUGUGACCCAACUGACCAGACAAGACCUCUGUCCCAGAAAAAGUGCAAGCGGUGAUUCUAGUCAGAGGAGCAGUCAUUCAGACACCCAGGUCCAAAGGCUGUCCCCUACAAUGAAUCCUGCUCUCAGCCCAACCAGGGCCCCAAAAGCAAGCCGGCCACCCAAAAUGAGAAAUCGUCCAACUCCACGAGUGACUGUGUCAAAAGACCGGCAGAGUUUUGGUCCUAUCAUGGUGUACCAGACCAAGUCCCCUGUGGCCCUCACCUGUCCGAGCAGCUGUGUCUGUACAUCUCAGAGCUCAGACAAUGGUCUAAAUGUUAACUGCCAAGAAAGGAAGUUCACUAACAUCUCUGACCUGCAGCCCAGACCUACUAGUCCAAAGAAACUCUACCUAACCGGGAACUAUCUCCAAACAGUAUAUAAGAAUGACCUCUUAGAGUACAGUUCACUGGAUUUGUUGCAUUUAGGAAACAACAGAAUUGCAGUCAUUCAGGAAGGUGCCUUUACAAACCUGACCAGUUUACGCAGACUUUAUCUAAAUGGCAAUUACCUUGAAGUGCUGUAUCCUUCUAUGUUUGAUGGACUGCAGAGCUUGCAGUAUCUCUAUUUAGAGUAUAAUGUCAUUAAGGAGAUUAAGCCGCUGACCUUUGAUGCUUUGAUUAACCUUCAGCUCCUAUUUCUGAAUAACAAUCUGCUUCGGUCCUUACCUGAUAAUAUCUUUGGGGGCACAGCCCUCACCAGGCUGAAUCUGAGAAACAAUCACUUUUCACACCUGCCUGUUAAAGGGGUUCUGGACCAGCUCCCUGCUUUUAUCCAGAUAGAUCUGCAAGAGAACCCAUGGGACUGCACCUGUGACAUCAUGGGGCUAAAGGACUGGACCGAACAUGCCAAUUCUCCUGUCAUCAUCAAUGAGGUGACUUGUGAAUCUCCCGCUAAGCAUGCAGGGGAGAUACUGAAAUUUCUGGGAAGGGAGGCUAUUUGUCCAGAUAAUCCUAACUUGUCAGAUGGGACCAUUUUAUCAAUGAAUCACAACACAGACACACCUAGAUCACUUAGUGUGUCUCCUAGUUCUUACCCUGAACUACACACUGAAGUUCCACUUUCUGUCUUAAUUUUAGGAUUGCUUGUUGUUUUUAUCCUGUCUGUCUGUUUUGGGGCGGGCUUGUUCGUCUUUGUUCUAAAACGUCGAAAGGGAGUGCCAACUGUUUCCAGGAAUGCCAACAACUUAGAUGUAAAUUCCUUCCAGUUACAAUAUGGGUCUUACAACACCGAAACAAAUGAUAAAGCUGAUGGUCAUGUCUAUAACUACAUCCCCCCACCUGUGGGUCAGAUGUGCCAAAACCCCAUCUACAUGCAAAAGGAAGGAGACCCUGUAGCCUAUUACAGAAACCUGCAGGACUUCAGCUAUGGCAACCUGGAGGAGAAAAAAGAAGAGCCAGCCACACUUGCUUACACAAUAAGUGCCACUGAGUUGCUAGAAAAGCAGGGCACACCAAGAGAGCCUGAGCUGCUGUAUCAGAAUAUAGCUGAGCGAGUUAAGGAACUUCCCAGUGCAGGCCUAGUCCACUAUAACUUUUGUACCUUACCUAAAAGGCAGUUUGCCCCUUCAUAUGAAUCUCGACGCCAAAACCAAGACAGAAUCAAUAAAACCGUUUUAUAUGGGACUCCCAGAAAAUGCUUUGUGGGGCAGUCAAAGCCAGACCACCCUUUACUGCAAGCUAAGCCGCAAUCAGAACCAGACUACCUCGAAGUUCUGGAAAAACAAACUGCAAUCAGUCAGCUGUGAAGGGAAAUCAUUUACAACCCUAUAGCAUCAAAGGAUGCGCUUCAAACUGUUGGAAGCACUGCAUUUGCUUUUGUUGUGUUCUCCCUUCCCCAGUGCUAAUAGGAGACUGAAAGCAGUUUGGAAGAGGGGUGAAGCAAUGAUACUGCUCUUGCAAGCUUUUCUUUAAAUUAUUUUUCUCUUAUCUCCCACCUCCACACCUCCCCCUUCUUAGGAACCAUUAGUGAACAUGAAUGUUUCUACACUGCAUUUUUUCAUAGAUAUUAUUUAGGUUUUGUUUCUGUUUUCUUUCUUUUCCUUUUCCCAGUGUGGGAAUGGAAAGAAAUAAUAGUGAUUAAAGGAAUCGUAGGUAAAGUUUUCAAAUGAGAAUAUUUUGUAGAAGAUCUCCAAAGGUCUUUUGGAACUACAACUUCUUUUGUAAAUAACGAUCUAUGGUAUUGCCAUCUUCAGUUACCAAGAAUAGGCCUGGGCUUAGCUACUUUGUGUUAAAGUGCCUUUGCACUGAAGUAUAUUACUUAAACGUUGCUUUUAGCUCUGAAAAUGAAAAGUAUUUUAAUGUGUUGUAUUUUUAAACUCGAAAUCAAUGUAAGAUAGAUCUAGAUCUAUAUGUCAGCUAUAUUAUGUCAACAUACAGUUUGCUUGAGUUCUAGAAACCAGCCUGUCAUCAAACAAUUCUAGCUUAGGACUUUAUAGACUUAAAUGUAAAAUAUUUCCUUUCUUCUGGGUUUGUUACAAGUGAUUUUAUUUAAGUCAAGAAAUGGGAUUUAACAGAGGACUCAAGGUAAUAAGUCACCUCUGUCAGGAUUAGCAAUUCAUUAAUAAAAUAUAUUUAACCCAAUAUCAGAGUGAAUUGAACAAUUAAUGCCCUCCCAUAAAUCAUUAUUGUACACUAACAUGAUCAGUGUUUUAGAUUAUUUUCCUAGUUA